AUGGCCAAUAACACCACAAGUUUAGGAAGUCCAUGGCCAGAAAACUUUUGGGAGGAACUCAUCAUCUCCUUCACAGUGUCCAUGGCCAUCGGGCUGGUCCUCGGAGGACUGAUUUGGGCGCUGUGGGUCUGUCUGUCCCGAAGAAGAGCGAGUGCCCGCAUCUCCCACUGGAAUUCAAGCAGGCGAUCCAGGUCUUCCUACUCCCACGGCCUCGCCAGGCCCGGGUUCUACCGCCACAGCGGCUAUGAGCGCCGCAGCAACCUCAGCCUGGCCAGCCUCACCUUCCAGCGGCAGGCCUCCCUGGAGCUGGGCAACUCCUUCCCGAGGAAAUCCAGCUUCAGGGCGUCCACAUUCCACCCGUUUCUGCAGAGCCCACCCCUCCCCGUGGACACGGACAGCCAGGUGAUGACUCUCCCCGCAUCCCCGACCUCCCCGGCCCUCCUCACCGCGCAGAGCCUGAGGCGCCCCGACUUCCACUGGUCCAGCAGCAGCCUCCCCGUGGGCCUGGCCCCGCCACCCCCGCCCACCUACGAGUCCAUCAUCAAGGCGUUCCCAGAUUUCUGA